AUGACUUCCACAUCGAGGACUCACACCGUGGCUUUUUUCGGCGCCACAGGCGGUGUUGCCAACGCCAUUCUCGUGCACACCUUACUCUCAGGGCACAGAGCGCUCGCGCUGGUCCGUACACCGUCCAAACUCCGCGACCAGCUUAACGCACAAGGUCUCGAGGCGGCGGUCAUCGAUAACAAUCUCACCAUAGUGCAAGGGAACGCGCUGGACGUGGCGAACGUCAAGGAAACCCUGCUGGCAUCCCCUGACGGUGCGUUUCCCACAUACAUCGUCACCGGGCUGGGCGGGACGCCGAGCCUCACGUUCGACUGGUGUCAUCCAGGCCACAUCGCGACACUCGACAACCCGACGAUCUGCGAGACGGCGGCCAGGACGCUCGUCGCAGCGUUGCGCGAGAUUUACACGAGCAAGGAGGCACCUCUCCAGGCAAUCGCUAAACCGGCCUUGGUUUUCGUCAGCACCACAGGAAUCAGCAGGGGCGUCGAGGACGUGCCGUUUGCGAUGCGGUUCUUUUACCAUCAGGCGUUGGCGGUCCCGCACAUCGACAAGAAGAAGAUGGAAGACGUGUACCGGGGCGAAAUGGAAAAGGGCGAGGGCGAGGGCGUGUUCCGAACCGUCGUGGGCAUCCGGCCAACGCUGUUGAGCGGGAGCGUGAAUUACAAGGAUGUCAAGGGCCUCAAGAGCCUCAAGGUAGGGACGGAGAGUAAGCCCGCUCUUGGUUUCAAUGUCAAGCGUGCCGACGUGGGACAUUGGGUGUAUGAGAAUGUCAUCAGCCCCAACGCCACAGGACAGUGGGAUGGUGAAAUGGUUUCGUUGACCAGUUAG